AUGUGUGGAAUCUUUGGAUACAUCAACUAUCUCGUGCCUAAGACUCGAGGACAAAUCCUUAACACCCUCAUCGAGGGUCUCCAGCGACAGGAGUACCGUGGAUACGACUCCGCUGGUUUGGCUAUUGACGCUGACGCUGACGGAACCGUCGACAUCUACCGAGAGGUCGGCAAGGUUGCCGCUCUCCGAAAGCUGAUCGAGGCCUCCGACGCCAACACCGAAGAGCUCUUUGACGUGCAUGCCGGUAUCGCCCACACCCGAUGGGCCACCCACGGCCAGCCCCAGCGAAAGAACUGUCAUCCUCAGCGAUCAGACCCUAACAACGAAUUCACUGUCGUCCACAACGGUAUCAUCACCAACUACCGAGAGCUCAAGGCUCUGCUCACCUCCAAGGGCAUCCAGUUUGAGUCCGACACUGAUACCGAGUGUAUCGCCAAGCUGACCAAGUUCAUCUACGACCAGAACAAGGACCAGGACCUCGACUUCUCCCAGCUUGCAAAACUUGUGGUUGUCGAGCUCGAGGGUGCCUACGGUCUUCUCAUCAAGUCUACACAUUUCCCUGACGAGAUUGUCGCCACCCGAAAGGGUUCGCCUCUGCUGGUCGGUGUCAAGACUGAGAAGAAGCUCAAGGUCGAUUUUGUCGACGUCGAGUUCCCCGACAUGGCUGUCCAGACUGAGGCCCCCACCGCCGCUGGAUCCAACUCUCUCCAGCUCGGUGUCCCCGGCUCCGACGCUCUGCGACACUCCCAGUCUCGAGCAUUCCUCUCUGACGACGGUGUCCCCAUGGCUUCCGAGUUCUUCCUCGCAUCCGACCCCGCUGCCGUGGUCGAGCACACCAAGAAGGUCCUCUUCCUGGAGGAUGACGAUAUUGCCCACAUCUACGAUGGUGAGCUGCACAUCCACCGAGUGCGACGAGACGAGAACGCCGCCCCCACCCGAUCCAUCCAGACCCUGGAGAUGGAGCUCAACCAGAUCAUGAAGGGUGAGUUUGACCACUUCAUGCAGAAGGAGAUCUUUGAGCAGCCCGAGUCAAUUGUCAACACCAUGCGAGGCCGAAUCGACUUUGAGGCCAAGACCGUCCAGCUUGGAGGUCUGCGAACCUGGCUCACCACCAUCCGACGAUGCCGACGACUGAUCAUGAUCGCCUGUGGUACCUCUUACCACUCGUGUCUAGCUGUCCGAUCCAUUUUCGAGGAACUGACCGAGAUCCCCGUGUCCGUCGAGCUCGCCUCUGACUUUCUGGACCGACGAUCUCCCGUCUUCCGUGAUGACGUCUGUGUCUUUGUGUCCCAAUCCGGAGAGACUGCUGACUCUCUUCUCGCUCUCCAGUACUGCAUUGACCGAGGCGCCCUGACUGUCGGUAUCGUCAACUCUGUCGGAUCCUCCAUCUCCCGACAGACACACUGUGGUGUCCACAUCAAUGCUGGCCCCGAGAUUGGUGUUGCUUCCACCAAGGCCUACACAUCUCAGUACACCGCCCUGGUGCUGUUCGCACUGUCGCUUUCCGACGACUCCAUUCACAAGAAGGAGCGACGAGAGGCCAUCAUCGACGGUCUGUCCAAGAUCUCCGAGCAGAUUUCCGAGGUUCUCAAGCUCAACGACUCCAUCAAGCAGAUGUGCGAUGAGGUUCUGUGCGAGCAGAAGUCUCUGCUGCUUCUUGGCCGAGGCUACCAGCAUGCCACUGCUCUUGAGGGUGCUCUCAAGAUCAAGGAGAUUUCUUACAUGCACUCUGAGGGUGUUCUUGCCGGCGAGUUGAAGCACGGUGUGCUUGCUCUGGUCGACGAGAACCUCCCUAUCAUUGUGCUUGCCACCCGGGACUCUCUGUUUCCCAAGGUCAUGUCUGCUGUUGAGCAGGUUGUUGCUCGAAGCGGUAACCCCAUCAUCAUCUGCAACAAGGGCGACAAGACCAUGGACAAGUUUUCCGACGGCAAGUUCAAGACCAUCGAGCUGCCCUCCACAGUCGACUGUCUGCAGGGUCUUCUCAACGUCAUUCCUCUGCAGCUCAUGUCCUACUGGCUGGCUGUCAAGCGAGGCAUUGAUGUCGACUUCCCCCGAAACCUUGCAAAGUCUGUUACUGUUGAGUAA